AUGGAUUAAUUGUUAAUUUCAGAUGAAGUAAUCGAUACCACAAAUAUCAAAAUUGUUGUUCUUGGAUAUGAAGGAGUAGGAAAAUCAAGUAUUAUCAAUUAAUUAUGUAAUAAACAAUUUGAUACUGAAAUUAAAUCUACAACAUGUUAUAAAAUAGAUAAAGCUGAAUAUAGAAUAAAUGAUUAAUAAUACACAUUAAUCUUUUGGGAUUGUGGUUCUUAUCAUAAUUAAUCUUAUUAAGAUGUGAAAAAGGUACCUUGUAGUUAAUUUAGGCAUUUUUUAGAGGUUCUUUAUUUGCAUUCAUUGUAAUUGAUGUAACUUGUACUGAUGAUUUAAGAAGUGCAAUAUAAUAUUGGGAUUAAGAAUGUGAAGAUUAUAAUGUGUUUACAAAAUAUGUACUUAUCAAUAAAAUGGAUUUGAUUGAUGAUAUAGAUUUUGUAAAUUACAAUAAAACAAUAUCAAUUGGCUAAACAUUAGAAGAAGAUGAUGAUGAAAUUAAAAUUUAAAUGAUUAAUUAGAAUAUAAAUUAAUUAGAUAAAAAAAAGGAGAUGAAACAAAUGAUAAAUGAAUUAGAUUUGAAUUUAGAGUGUUUUUUUGGAAGUGCAAAAAAAGAAUUAGGAUAUAAAGACUUUUUGAUAACAAUAAUUAAAAGUAAUAAUGAUGAAAUAUAUAUAGAAAAUAAUAUUUUCAAUCUUUAAAAAGCAGAUUCUGAUAGAAGAAUGUAAAAAAAUAGAUUGAAUGAUUCUGUAAUCAGAUAGUCAUUGCCAAUAGAAAGUUAGAGAUAAUAAAGUGGUUCAUUAAAAUGCUUAAUAUAUUGA